AUGGAUGCAGCUUCCCAUGCCAGGGCCAUCUUGGGUAUUCUUAUUUCGCAGUGCGCAUUCGCUGCGUCGCUUCAAACCCUAUACGUGUAUGGCGAUUCGAUAUCAGAUACUGGUGUAACCUAUCAGAUAACAAAUGGGGCAUGGCCUCCAUCUGAAAACGACCAGAAAUAUUUAAAUGGGGACGUCUGGGUGGAAUACGCUGGCCGCACAGUUGGAUACCAAUUGGUCAGCUCUGCCAGAGGGGGUGCAACGACAAACAACUCGGUGGUACAGGGAUACGUUGGAAGUAGCGUUUUGCAGUGGCCGGUGUUCGUGGCCAGUGAUCAGACUGAGGUGCAAAUGACAGCGUUCCGUAGAGAAAGCCCGCCGUUCCAACCUGAGUCACCGGAUAGAACUGGCGACGUGCACUUAGUGUGCGUCGGGAGUAACGACAUUUUUUCCAAAGCCAAGUUCACGUGGGAAGGAAUGAUGAACCCAAGUGUGGACGCCAUCACGAACACUGCCAGGUAUCUGCUGGACAAUGACAACGUCCAUGAUGUCAAGGUUUGCGACAUGUCUAAUAUGUACACCGUACCAUAUGCACAGGCACAGGGCUCACUUGUCGUGAAUUUUUUAAAGAGGAUAAUCAGUUACGUUUCUGAGGAAACAAAAAAUCGUGUGCGAGAACUUCAACUAGCGUAUCCCGACAAAUCUGUAACUUUUAUACCCUUCAAGGACACAAUGGACAGUGUGACCCAAAAAUUCAAAAAUCAGACCGGUUCUUGUUUGGAUCUAUUACAAGGUGCCGAUAUCAUAACCCAAUGCACCGAUGUAAAUGACUACAUGUGGUGGGACACCUUCCACCCGACCACUCUGGCCCACGAGAGAAUAGCAGAGAUUUUAAAUUCCAUUUUACUCGGUUGA